GCGGGUAUAGCUGAGAUGUUUCCUGGAAAGAAUUCCGCCUUCUGUGGUGGCAGUGGUGGUAGUGGAGGCGCUGCAGGUGGUGCAGGCCGUGAUAGUAGUUGCGCUGGCAGUGGUCAGCUGGCGUCCAGAACUGGUCGUGUUGCGCUUCCGCCGCUCCGUCUGCCCAGCUCGCUGCACGCCUUCGUCUGCGACUUCUUGUGGCCGCUGCUCUGUCUCGCCUUCGGAACAGGUACCACCGGAGUCAAGGCGCUGCCUCGCGGCGACAUGGAGAAGAACGGCCAGCUGAAAGUGCACGGCGGCCGCGACGACGGUUCGGCCGCGUCCUCCCCGCUGUCUCCGGUGGCGGCCGGCAGCAGCGGCGCCGCUUCGUCGACAGACAUGGGCGACAUGAUGACUCGCGUCUACGCCUGGCGGUUCGUGCAGUUGGCCCUGUUCAUACUCUACUCCAUGACGAACGCCUUCCAGUGGAUCGAGUACUCCAUCAUCACCAACCUCGUCAAGGACUACUAUGGCAUAGAUGAGAUCUCGGUGAACUGGACUGCAGUGGUGUACAUGGUGACCUAUGUACCACUCAUCUUCCCAGCUUCCUGGCUGCUUGAGCGACGGGGGCUUCGAUUUGUCGUUAUCCUAGGAGCACUUGGGACUUGUGCUGGCUCAUGGAUCAAGGUACUUAGUGUGGAGCGUGACCGGUUUGCGGUAUGCCUGGUGGGCCAGACCGUGGUGGCCGUGUCACAAAUCUUCAUCCUGAGCAUACCGCCGCGCCUUGCGGCCGUCUGGUUCAGUGCACAGGAGGUGUCUCGAGCAUGCUCCUUCGGAGUCUUCGGCAACCAGUUGGGAAUCGCCCUGGGAUUUUUGAUUCCUCCCCAAGUGGUAACUGGAUCUCCAAAAACUGCUGAAGGCCUGGAGGAGAUUGGCCAUGGCUUGAGCCUCUUAUGCUACGGGGUGGCCAUCUUCAGCAGCGUAGUGCUUGUUGGCAUCCUGCUUGGUUUUCGUGAUAAACCACCUCGUCCACCAAGCAGGGCACAAGUGUCCCGAGAACAGGCUGAUCCAACAGGGUACUGGCACUCUAUGCUGAACCUGCUGCGUAAUGUCAACUACAUGCUGUUGCUGGUCACUUAUGGCAUCAAUGUAGGCACCUUCUACGCCAUCUCAACGCUGCUCAACCAGGUUUUCCUGUCGUAUUUCGAGGGCCAAGAGACAACCGCUGGCUGGCUGGGAUUGUCCCUUGUUAUAUCUGGCAUGGUUGGAUCGGUCCUCUGUGGCAUUGUGCUCGACAAGACACACCGCUACAAGGAGACCACACUAGUUGUCUACGUGUUCUCCUUGGCAGGCAUGGUAGCCUACACAUUCGUGCUGGAUACGGCCACCCUGUGGCCUGUGUUCUUUGUCACGUGUUUACUUGGGUUCUUCAUGACAGGCUAUCUUCCACUGGGAUUUGAGUUUGCAGCUGAGGUAACCUUUCCAGAGCCUGAGGGAACAUCAUCGGGCCUCCUCAACGCCUCAGCACAGGUUUUUGGCAUCCUCUUUACCAUGGCUGCUGGCCAAAUGCUUGUCGCAUAUGGGGAUCGCACCACAAACCUUGCACUGUCGGGUGCUCUGCUUGCUGGUUCCAUACUCACAGCUCUCAUUCGCUCAGACUUAAGAAGACGUCAUGCCCAACUGCAGUCUGAACCAUCAGCCAUUGUGUCCACAUGACUAUUGCGACUUGAUGAUCUCGACAGCAUCGACCUUUUGUAGGCCAGCAGCCUCAUCCCUUCUACCAACAGCUGUAGCACUAGUGGCAGCGUGGCCAUCAAGAACUUUCCAUACCUGUGCUGCAACCACUGGCGCACCUGGCGCACCAGGAGUGCGCACUCAAAGACUGCGUUGACUUGUGUCAUGAGGAAUGGUGCUCGGCUAGUGUGCACACUGCUUCAGUAAACAACAUCAGAGCGAAAGAGAAAUGACGUUACAGAAAUGAAGUCGAGAUGCAGGUGCAGGUCAAGUGUGAUGCCGAUCGCCUUUCCUGUACGGACUCUCCCAUUCUGCCGUCAUUUACUCAAGAGACCUAUGACUUACAUUGUGAGCAUUGAUAACUGUGCGGCUAGGCAUGUAUGUUUGUUUUGUUAUUCUGUUACAUUAUGUAUUUAAAAAAAAUUGUGGCUCUUUUAGGCUAGCUAUGCAGAACGGAAGCUCUGAAAGAAAAGCUUUGCUUGCGAACAUGCAUAGGAUUUGUUCAAAAGCUGUUGUGGUGUCUCCCCUGUAGCAAGACAUAUUUGGUAUUCCAUGUUUAGGGUACAGCAGGGUAACCCUGGACAAGACAAAUUCAUGUGAUCUACCUUCCUUCAGCAUGUUAAAACAGUUCAAAGUAGCAUACUAGUGUUAAUGUUUAAAGAAGUGUGGAGCAGGACAUGGAAAAGUGAGUGAUUCCAUGUGCACAAGUAUAUUUUUGAGGAUGGUGCUCACUAAGCUCGCAUGAAACUUGCUUAUGUAUUAGCUGUAGCUGAAGAUGUAAUUAAGACAUAAUUUAUAUCUUCCAUUUUCCUGUAGCCUGUAUAGAACCGAUAUAUGUAAUUAAUGUUGUUAAAACUUUAAACAUGACCAUGCAGGGGUGCGACCAUGUUCCGCUACUUGAAGUGAUCUAGUCUAAAGACCACCCUGUAGGCUUGUGCGCGGCCAAAAGACACAUUCAGGGUAUUGCAGAGCUGUACUUGUCUUUCAUAUUUACAGCAAACUGUGUUCACAGAUUACGUUCUGCACGAUCUCUGGUGUCAUUACUUCAGGUAACACGGAAUGAACAAAAAUCUUCAGGUGCUUCCACAACCAUGUGCUUUCAGGUAACAGCUGCUAUUUGAAGUGCUUCCGUUUAUGAUGCAGCAGGAUUUGAUGCAUUGUACUGAUGGCUUUAUAUAAAUGAUUGGCGUAAUC